UAACCAAGUAACCUAAAAAAAACUUUUUAUUAACAAGAAAACCUGUUUAAACUUUCUACAAUGAAUACAUUAAAUCCUAAUAAGUUAAUCAAAAACACGCUGCUUCCUUUCAGCAUCAGUAAACACGAGAAUACAUCAUAAAAUUGGGGUUCUGAGACUCCAUCAUCGGUUACCUCUAACCUGUUGAAUCACCUCUGACUCUCUGAUCACGUUAUCGGAAUUGAUUUGACGUCUCGUAUUUUUACAUUCCGCGGCGGUAUUCGCCAGACCAGGCGGUGGCAUAAAAGUUUAACAACUAAUUUUGAUCUCACGUAUAAAUAAUGUUGAUCUCAGCGAGCAAUUUUGGGUGAAGUUGCUCAUACAGAAUCUUGCGAGGUUACCUAAGCAAGUGAUGUUUAAGUUUCAAAAUCACUAUUGAACAUGAAUCAGAUGAUUCGUCGCGAUUUUCCGGGAACUGGGUGCUCAGGAAUUUGUUGUUUUUUGAAUUUCAAACGAGACGUGUUGUUUUAACGUUAGUAUAUUGAACUGCAGUGAAAAACGAUGAUCAAGUUGUCUUGGUUUGAGUGUCAAGUGUAAUUUUUGGCUGACAAGGAUUUCCUGAAAAAUGGGGUUUUCUACGAGUUUACAGGGUCAGGCUUCUCAAGAGGCCCUUUUGGGACGCCAGGAAGCCGAAAUUAAACUCCUGGAGACGAUGCGCCGGUGUCUUACCACCAAAGUUAAAUCGGAUCGAGAAUAUGCUUCGACCAUUGGUGCACUGAGUGUCCAGGGCAGAAAAAUCGAAAGGACCGAAGAACUUAUUGGGAGUAUGAUUGCCCAGGGUUGGCGAGAAAUCAUGGAUUCGAUAGACCAGACAGCAAAGCUUAUAAAACAACAAGCAGACUCGAUGGAAAAUAUAGUUGUAGAUCACAUAAGUACUCUUCUUUCGGAAAGAAGACGUGCCAGGAAACUGUAUCAGGAAGAGCAAGCUUGGUUGAAUAAUCAAUUCCAGCAGUUAACAGAUGAUGUCGGCAGAAAAAAGGCGGAUUACCAGAAGAGCUUAGAAUCCUACAAGUUAAUGAGAUCUCGUUUCGAGGAGCAUUACGUAAAGUCUGGAAGAGGAGGAAGAAAACUGGAUGAAGUCAGAGAAAAGUAUCAAAAGGCUUGUAGAAAAUUGCACUUAACUCAUAAUGAAUACGUUUUACUUCUCGGUGCUGUCACGGAAUGUGAAAAUGAUUUGAGGACUUGUUACUUGCCGAGUCUUCUUCACAGACAGCAAACCAUUCAUCAGGAAUUUAUUUCUGCAUGGAAGGUAAUCAUGCAAGAUAUAGUCAAGUACUCAGACUUUACAACCGAAAAGUUUCUUGAGAUUCACACUCGCAUGAGGAAAGUUGUAGAUACGAUAAAACCAAUUGAAGAGUAUAAGGACUUUGUAGGGAAACAUAGAACCAGGCCAGCAUCGCCGAUACGGUUUACAUUUGAUGAAAAUCUGGUGGAAGACACUUCGGGUAAAUUACAGCCGAACAAGUUGACGGUUGACAAUUUGACGAUAGACUGGCUGCGCAAUCGACUAUCAGAAUUGGAAGCUUCCCUCAAAACAACGCAGCAGAGUCGACAAACUUCACAAUCUAUGGACAUUAAUUGUGAUUCUAAAACGUUGAUCCUGGAUUAUUCACAGGAAAGAAAAGAACUUGGGCUUCGUUGUCAAGAAAAAAAGUUACAGAGACAGGCCGAAGUAAUUAGAAGUGCCCUUAAUGAACUCGGUUGCGAGGAAUUGCCUUCAGGUUGUGAUCUUUCCGUCGAAGGAUCUUUUACUGAAACGCCACCGAUUAGCAAGAAAAAAACGAUCAUAGAUAAUGGUAUCUUCACGCUUAGGCGAAACCAGCGAUUGAUGACGAUAUUCAGAACUCCCUUCAAGUCGUUGCCAAUGAUUCAUGAAACGAAAAACGGAGUGAUUAGAGCGUGUAGCGAAGGCCCUACAUUUAAAAACAUCGAUAUCCCGCCAGUUGUACCACUCCGCGGCGUAACGAAUUCAGCGAAUAAUCAAAAGGGAACUGGAAGUGUAGGUUUGAUGGAAGAAGAAUGGUUUCAUGGUGUUUUACCGAGAGAAGAAGUCGUGAGACUUUUGGUCAAUAAGGGAGAUUUCCUGGUGAGGGAAACUACUAGAAACGACGAGUGUCAGAUUGCUUUAUCUGUUUGUUGGGAUGGACACAAACAUUUCAUCGUUCAAACAACUCCAGAGGGACAUUAUCGAUUUGAGGGUCCGAUGUUUCCUUCGAUUCAAGAACUGAUUAUGCAUCAACUAAAAUCUGGGUUGCCAGUAACUAGUCGUUCGGGAGCCAUUCUAAAAACUCCAAUUCUUCGAGAACGGUGGGAAUUAAACAAUGAUGAUGUCAUUCUUUUAGAAAAAAUAGGGCGAGGAAACUUUGGAGACGUUUACAAGGCCCAGUUGAAAUCCUGCAAGACUGAAGUAGCCGUAAAGACUUGUAAAGUGACUUUGCCCGACGAGCAGAAGAAAAAGUUUCUGCAGGAAGGCAGAAUUCUUAAGCAAUAUGAUCAUCCGAAUAUUGUUAAGCUCAUUGGAAUUUGCGUCCAGAAGCAGCCGAUCAUGAUCGUUAUGGAAUUAGUUCCCGGCGGAUCCCUGCUAACGUAUCUCAAAAACAAUAAAACUAGUAUCACUCAGAAAGAACAACUUCGUAUGUGCAAAGACGCUGCCGCAGGAAUGCGAUAUUUGGAAUCUAAAUCAUGUAUUCAUAGAGAUUUAGCGGCUCGAAAUUGUCUCGUUGGCUAUGACACGAUAGUAAAAAUCUCAGAUUUCGGAAUGUCCCGAGAAGAAGAAGAAUAUAUAGUUUCGGAUGGAAUGAAGCAGAUUCCAAUCAAGUGGACUGCACCAGAGGCUCUUAACUUUGGAAAGUACACUUCCCUGUGUGAUGUUUGGAGCUAUGGAGUUCUAAUUUGGGAGAUAUUUUCUAAAGGCGGUAGUCCUUAUCAUGGAAUGUCAAAUUCUCAAGCACGAGAACAAAUUGAUAAAGGGUACCGAAUGCCAGCACCAGAGGGAACUCCUGAAGAAAUCUACAGGUUGAUGUCACGUUGUUGGGAAUACGACCCAGAAAAUAGGCCGCACUUCGAUCAAAUUUUCUCAAUCGUGGAUACUUUAGCUCAAGCUUAUUCAUAAACUUUUCCCUAGUUGAAGGCAGCAAUUAAAAAUUUACUAAGAAAGUCUGAAUCGCUGCUUAAAGUAUUUUAAAGGCCGUUGUAAUUACUGCAAUGUAUAUCAGAAUAUUAUUCUUUAGAGAUCUGACACUUUUUGAAAUUUGUCGGCGUGCAAUUUUCCUAUUUACUGUCAAUGAAUGCACAGAGUCCCUCCAGCAGUUAAAUUAAUGAAUGAUUUUCCGUCGUCGGUAUUCUAGUAUUUUAGAGUCCUAGCCGUGCAAUAAUUAACAAUCGUUAAAGAGAAAUCACUGAUUUCUCAUGUAUUUUCUGUAUAAAGCAUUGCAAGAAGCAAUUCUUGUGUAAGCGAGAGGAAUACGCAGAGUUUAUCUUAAAAUUGUUUUAUCUUCUCGAAUUUUGAUUAUCCCAGAGUAUUAUAAAGAGUAAGAAUUUAUAUUGUAUGUUAAUUUUAAGCGCUUUACUUUUAGCACCUCAUCGGUUAUUGCAUAUUUCUCUCUUUAUUUUUUUUUUUGAUUUUAUUAUACGAUGCGCGGACGCUAAAUGUUCAUGAUUAUUAUAUUGCGGGUCGUGAAAUUACGUCCAAAUAUUCUACCCGCAACUAAUUAUCGAUUGUUGCUCGAUUUUUUAUUGUUAACAGAUUUUUUAUGUCGCCAUCCAUUUUGAUGAUAAUGUAUUUAUGUAUUCUGUGAUUGCAUCGUUUUCCAUAAGACUCAAAACCCUUCGAGACAAAUCAAGCAGAAGAAAAAAAAACUGGUAGAAGAGGAAUUCCGAUUUCAAUCAUUGGCAUUGUGAGAUGUGGUAAAAUUACAUAAACAUUUUUACAGUUUACAUCCGAGGUAUUUGAGAAUUUUUCUGCUUGAAUGUAAAACAAUAUGCCUGACGGGUACUUUUUCAAUUUUGAAAAAAGUGCCAUCUGACAAGCGAACUAACGCGGGAAGAAGCUUGGCAGAGAAAAACGACUACUAUGAUGAGAAAUGCAUUGUUUAUUCAGUCUGUUCUUUAAUAUUGUCUUGAAAUCUCAAAUUGCUGACCAAUAGUUUCCAGUUAGUGGCGCUGGUGUCGCUAACAUACAGGCGCGUAUACGCUGGAAAGACUUGCCUUGUAACAAGGCUCUUCUGUUUUUCAUCUGUACAUUAAAUUUUUAAUUAUGUGUGAUAAUAUUAUCAACGAUAACGGCGAAAUGGCUUCUGCUUCGCGAAGCUUGAGAGUCAGAGUGCAAUAUUGCAAUUGUAUUUAAAUACUCAUGACUGUCGUUGUAUGCAGCGAUAAAUAAACUAUAACCGAUACAUA